CGUACCCGUACCCGUACGGGUACGGUGUUGAACGUUGAUCUUCCGACCCGCAGGUAUACCCGUGCUAUACCCUAACCUCGAUCGACUCUGAAUGAAGUAAUUGUCAAAGCGUGCUCAAACCCUUGCCAUUUCACUACUCUCCCGUAGGCAGAUCACCGAACAGAAAGAUCCAAGAUAGUCGUUCCUUCUACAUCUGGCAGCAUUUGACACUCGUACUAUCACAAUAAUUCUGGGUUUUACAGAGUUCCUUGUCGUCAUUUACUCGCAAUGCACGCCUGCCUGCGGAUCUCAGAGAUUGUGAAAGCCAUAUUCGCUGAAGUAACACAAGUCACGGAGAACGGCGGCGUCCAACCAUCAUGGAUAACUCUGUACUACCUGGCGUUGACGUGUCGAGCUUUCCGAGAACCAGCGCUAGACGCGCUGUGGGCGCACGUACCAUCAUCAGAAGACGCUCGUUCUCAACCCGUCAAAGCGUCCUUGGAGAAUGCCGCCGAGUUCAGCACGUCCUCCGAAAUGGCUGCAGCAAGCAGGGUGAGGCUUCUCAGACCCUUGGUCGAUGAUGAUUGGACGACUUUCCAAAAGUAUGCGCGCCGCGUGCGCUCGCUCACUUUCGAAACAUAUGAUCCGUUCUGUCCUGGGCUGCAUGAUAGCGCUGCGCUUGCUCUUCUAGAUUCUCAUGUUUUGCCGUCCCCACUGUUUCCCCUGAUCCAAGAGCUGAACUGGUAUGACCAGCGUGAUGAACUUUUCCCUUGUCUGCAGCGCUGCAUUUCCACGACCAUUACUCGACUAGUCAUUCAUUCGCAGUGUUGGUCAUCACCAAUGGCCGAUCUCGUGGCAGGUCUGGGCAAGGCUUGCCCUAAAAUCAAAAAAUUUCGUUGUUCAAUGCCGCCCGCUAGUGAAUGCGUUAUGCUUUCUGACCUUGUCACUUGCUGGGGUGAUUUGGAGAUCUUGACGACGGCCGCGAACGCACGGACAUUGCAGCAUCUAACGUCUCUAAAGCGGCUGAGGGAGCUGGAGAUACUCGUGCCAGAAGGUCACCACUUGGAUCUGGCAUCCACAUCCAGCAUCAUAUUUUCGUUGCACAGGUUCAGCAUGAUCACUUCAAGUAUCGAAUCACUUCUCCCUUUUUUGGCGGUCUUGCAAAUUUUCACAAAGAGCGUACAGCUGAAGAUCGAAGGUCACACGCCAAACACAGUUGAUCUUGACCACCUUCUUUCUCCACUCGCAGAGCAUUUCAAACCCAAUGUUUUAGUUUCGUUGCAUAUUUGGUUGCCCCGCCCCAUUGACUCCCCUAACAACUACUUACUAGUGCCUGCUUCCGUCCUCCAAAUGCUACGGGCCUUCACAGGACUCACCGAGCUCGAUCUCGGUUCAAUGAAUAUCUUUCUCACCGACGACGAAGUUCUAGACCUCGUUUCUGCUUGGCCACAGAUGGAACGUCUUUACCUUGGCACGAGCUGGGACUUGGGAGUUACUCGCGUGGGCGUGACAUUUCACGGGCUUGCAGGUGUCCUUGAGCGCUGUCCAAAUCUGCGCUCCCUAGGGGUCAACCUAGAUACCUCGACCCUGCAUGACUUGCCUGUCUAUGUCGAUCACCGAUACAUUGGCAUCACCAGUAAGAAAAUCACUACCCUGAGGGUUGGGUGUGCGGAAUGCCACGAUGUCGAGGCCACUGGAAACCUGCUAGCUGCGAUGUGUCCCAACUUGCGCCAAAUUCGUCGCGCAUGUUCCGUAGAUUUUUGGUACCACGCGAUGAACUGGGACAAGGUCGAAGGUUUCAUCACUCAAAGGAGAAUGGGACAACCGCAGUAGACCAAUGUGUAACCAGUUUGUGAUGCAGAGAAUUGGUGCUACUUGAGCGAACGAGGUGUUUUUUUUUUGGUGCAAGACGACUGCCAGUGAUUCUGUAUAUUUAUGUUUUGACUUUCGGUGAUUUUGUCACUAAGUUCUUGAGAUUACUCUCCAUAGUACUUUUGUUAAUGCGAUUGAGGAUAAAAACGACAAUUGGAAC